AACGCGCGCUUUUUACGCACAGAUAAGCGCACAGCACCUUUAUGUGAUCUAGGCUAAAGGCAAAAGUAGCACUAGCGCUGCCCUGACUUACCACAGGUCUACACGCUUUAUCGCUGCGGUUAACUGGUUAAAACCGACGGUCUACACAUCCAAAGGGGAAGUGCCAUUGGCCUGCGACAGCGUAGUGUUCAGCAACAAACUUUGCUAUGGGCAAAAAGUCUCGCGAAGAAGACUCUUCAUCCUCUGAUGAGGAAGAAUAUGUUGUGGAGAAAGUGCUGGACAGGAGGGUGGUGAAAGGCAGGGUUGAGUUCUUCCUGAAGUGGAAAGGAUACUCAGAAAAGCACAAUACGUGGGAGCCAGAGAAGAAUCUGGACUGUCCUGAGCUUAUUUCAGAAUUCAUGAAGACCUACAAGAAAAGCAGUGGUGGAAGCUCCACACCCAGCAGCGGGGGCAGCAAAUCAAACACAGGCUCCUUGGGACGCUCCAAAGACUCCAGCAGCUCAAAGAAGAGAAGCUCAGAUGAUGAUGAGGAGGGUGGAAGUAAGCCCAAAAAGAAGAAGGAGGAUGAUGUUCUUGUUGCACGGGGCUUUGAGAGAGGACUUGAGCCAGAGAAGAUCAUUGGAGCAACUGAUUCAUGUGGAGAUCUAAUGUUUCUUAUGAAGUGGAAAGACUCUGAUGAGGCUGAUCUCGUGCUUGCCAAGGAGGCCAAUCAUAAGUGCCCACAGAUUGUCAUAGCCUUCUAUGAGGAACGUCUCACCUGGCAUGAAGACAGUGACAAGAAGGAGAAGGACGCUGUCAGUGCGUGAGUGCAUCACCUCAGGAGGAAACAGGACCUCCUCCACUGCAGGGACAACCUUAAGUCAGACAUUUUUCACACCCAAACCUCCCAUCCUUCCUCUUCACUGUGUCCAACAAAGACAGCAGGCACAGUCGUGUUCUCUCCACCCAUGUCCCAUUGGAGCACAAGGGCCCAGACUGCUGAGAAGGAUCCAUCAGACAGGAGGGGAAGCUGUAGCGGACAUGGGUGAUAUGCUGCUGUGGAGGGUUUCUGCUGUUCUGUCUUUAUAUUCUUUACCUUAUUUUUAAUGUCUUAACCCACCAUGUUUUAGUGCUUACAGGACACGAUUGUGUCCAGUAAGAUAUUUUGCAUCCGUGAGCAGAGGUGGCCAUCUGUCAUAACUCAGAACAUAGUCUUGAGAGCCAGAGUUGGUACAAGCUGUUAACCAUGAGCUUGUCCCACGGCAAGUGCACAACACCCAUCCUAAAGUCUUUUAUAGGCAAUGCACCUCUUUGCUUUAAGAACCCACCAACACCACUGAGGAUAAAACCGUAGACUCAAUAUUCAGGAAGCAACCACCGCAGCACUUUCCUGACUACAUAAUCACUUCCUUUUUUUAAAACUUUUUAUCUCUUUGUAGAUUUUUCAGUUUGUCCUGUCUACCAGGAUAUCAUUUUGCAUAUUUGCAGAUGACACCGGCCAAUUAUGUCUUUAUAAUGAAGUGAUGAUGUCCAUGUUGUGUUUUUAUUUGUUUUUGGUUUUUUUUUGUUUUGUUUUGUCAUUUUUAUCUCUUAUUUCCAACUUUUAACAUAUGAACUUUGUGGUGUUUUUAUUUCUUUUUUAUUUCUUUAAGCUAUCACCAUUUCAAGAAAAGGACAACAAAAUGAAUUGUGUUCAGUUUUGUUCUUUUUCUCUGCAGUGUUCUCUUUGGACCACUCUCCUUAACAGGUUAGACAAUCUUAACUGUAGCCACAUGAAAUGAAACCAGCGUUCAUUAAGAGUCAUUGGGGUCUGCCACCUUGUGGCUGAAAGAUGUAAAUCUUUUGACCAACCUCUAUGAUGACAACCCUGCAGUUUUAAUGGUGUUAUUGAUCUCGUUAGUUAGUGAUACUUUGAUAGAUUUUUUUUUUUCUCAGUGUAAAGUGGUAAAAUCCACUCAGCAAUUAUAGUAUUUGUUGUUGAUACCAUUUGUAAUGUUAAAUUGAAACAUUAAAACCAGUUUUUAAUCAAUUAUGCAUAUCAUGGGUUUUAUUGUGAUGAGUAAUUUGUUUGUUCUCGGAUAAAAGUAUUAAAGGUUUUGGGAUGAUGUUACUUCCUGGCAAGAGGAGGUCAAUUAUUUUACACAAGAUGGAUGCUGGUUUUGUACUUUGAUCUGCUGUGCUCCAACAUGGACUCUUAGGACCAAAUAUUUACUGUCUACAGAGGAAAUCUGCUGGGUUUUUUUUGUUUUCUUUAUUUUACUUUUUGGCUUUAAUUGGCAUUGUGAGUGAAGGCUGACUUUCUCCCCUUUCAUACAUACAGUGCAUUAAUCAUGUCCCUUGAUAUCACUUAGAUUAUGGUUUUGGUGUAAUAUUCAUUAAAAAUAUUUUGUCCUUUCAGA